UUCUUGUGUCCUCUUGUAGCUAACUUACUUUAUAUAAAUGUCUCUCUGCGACGAUACUCUGCUCUGCAACUUCCCGAAGUGUCGGUCUAAGUUGUGUGGAUUUGCUUGGGUCACGGCCUGUUCACAUGCUUUCUGCGAUCAGCACGGUUCCGGUGAGUUCAGUCGAUCCCCAGCGAUCUGUCCCGCCUGUUCCUCUGCGCUCUCGGGGAAACUUGACAUCGUGCGAACAGAGUUGUCCCCAUCUGAGGAGUACAAGGCCAUGGUCCUCGCGGGACUCAGGCCAGAGACUGUGCUGGACAUCAGUGCACGCGCGCUGGCCUUCUGGACUUACCAGGUGCACCAGGAACGAAUGUACCAGGAGUACAGCCUGUCCAGGGCAGAGGGACAGGUGAAACAGAUGGAGAAGGUCCUGACCCAGCAGAACCAGAGUAGAGAACUGGAGCUCGGUGCGAUGAGGGGGGAGAUUGCAUCUCUGAAGAAGGUGACGGAUGAGUACAAGAGGAAGUACAGCGAGGUGUCGGAGCGCCUGAUGGAGAGGAACAGACAGUACCAGAAGCUGCAGGGUCUCUAUGACUCCCUCAGGCUGCGCAACAUGGUGGUGGGGGAGAGAGAGCCAGCCCCCCACGGAGCCUCCGACUUCACCUCAGGGGUGGUCAGGCAGCCCUCUCCCAGAGGAAGCCCUUCAUUCCUGGGCAUGGGCCCCGAGGGGGACAGCCGCCUCUUCUCCUCCCUGGAGCCCGAGGGUGCGAGGACCUUCUUCCAGUUCAGCUCCCCAGCCAGAGAGAGAGGACGUUGCUUCAUCAAGAAGCACUGAGUCAGCCUACUGGUCAUAACUGUCGGUUGAGAGGUUUGUCAUCUGACGGUUAGAUGAAUUACAGGUUCAUUGGUUAUUGUUUACUGUUGCUGUUUUGUUUUUAUUAUCGUGUUCUUAAAGUUUUAUAAAUUAUUGUGAAAAUAUCAUCUUUAUUACUAAUGCUUGUAUUUGUGUGAAGUUCUGUCCGGUUUGGAAGAAAUGAUUAGUCUUCAUUCUUUGUGGGAAGUUUGUUUUAUUCUUUUUAAACGCAUUGUCGUCACA